UACAUCAGUGGGAGAGUAGCUGACAAGUGCUUUAAUUGCAUUAAUGGGUCUCACAUUAUCUCACUGGCUGCAUGGCACUUCUUCUGGAAAGCCUUCCUCCUCCUCCUCCUCCUCCUCCUCCUUUCGCCCACUGGCCACACCCCCCUCGUCCCGCCUGUCACUCAUGCUGCACUCCUCCCCUGCAGACGCAGAAGACAGACGGUCUUGUUGGAGUCCCACCCACUGCUCCCCUCACUUCCGCCGGUCAGGAUGUGGACAGGAAGUGACACGUGCACCUGCCCAGCAGAGUAGCGAUGGGGUGAGGGGGGAGAGAGGGGAGAGGAGAGGGCUCCACCUGUGGGAGGUGCUUUGGAGUCCCACGCACAGAGGAAGUCAUGCGGUGGUUGGCAUCUCUACUUCCUGUUGUCCUCUGCAGGCCUCGGGGUACACCGCUCUGGUGGGGGGAGACUCUGAGUCCUGGGGCUGGGAACUAACAUCCAACCAACUGUGGCACAAGGGGCAGGUUCUGGGGGUGUACCCGAGGGGAAGGCGGCAGGCAGGAUGUUGUCCGAAGGGCCCGCAGCUUGUCGAGCAUUGGUCUCACACACAGACUGGUCUGGAGGAUCAGGGCCCUGCAUCUGCUCUCACCAUCCCUGAACGCGUGCUGCUGGUGUUGGAUGCUGACGCAGGAACUCUGGGAUACAUCGUGGAUGGGUGCUUCCUGGGUGUGGCGUUCUGUGGUCUCCCGAAGGGGGCGGAGCUGUUCCCAGCCGUGAGCAGCGUGAGAGGCGGAGCUGUGGUGCGACUGCGCUACCUCAACGGAGCUAAUCGUGAUGCCCCUAAGCUCAUGGCCCUGUGUGGUUUGUCCAUCCGUCAGUCGAUGGGGAACCAGAGAGGGGAUCAGACAGCCCGACUGCCUCUUCCUCCUCUUCUCCAACACUACCUCCUCCCCAGCCUGUGACCUGCUGAUACACAUAUAGGAAUCCUUAAGACCAUAAAGCUGAUUGAGCUGAUCAAUGCAUAUGAUGGUUGUGCGUUAUUUAGAAUGUAUUUGUUUUCUAUUAAUUUAUCUUUUUAAAGAAUAAGUGACCAAACGUAAAUUAUUUGACAUUGUUAUUUAUUGUAUUUUAUCAGUAUUUAUUGCA